GCGUUUUCUGCGUUUUCACAGCAUGGUCAUACACGGUUCAUUUUUCUGUUUCUUGAAUUCGUACCCAUCAAUUAAAACCAGAUUUAAUGCUCUGUGGAUCAUGCGUUUAUCCAAAGGGUUCAUCCUUGUGGCACCAGAUCUGUCCCAGCCCUCUGCUGCCGGAUGGGGCUGUGCACAAUGUGUUGGCACCAGGGCAUCGCCGCCUCCACCGCCCUUCGUCCAUUGCUCCACCACAGCUCCAGAAAUGCCCCCGGGGAUAAUUUUAGGCCAUGAAUCACCCCGUGAUGUUGCCGACACCUUCGUGCUCACAGGAAGCCGUUGGCAGGCACUCGCCCUCAAGGGAGAGGGUCAGGGGGACAACAACAUCACCCAGCACAGCGAUAUCUUGGAGGCCACGGGGGCUCCCAUCACGACCACCUGGGAUGUGAGUGGGCUGACAACGGGACCAGUGGGCUCCCCCAGCCCCUCUGAUACUGGGAACCUCACCACCAUCACUGUGCCACUGCAAGCAGGUGCCCCAGGGAACCAAACCCGAAAUGAGUCGGGUUUCCCCAUCAGGUAUUGGUCCCCCAUCAUUUUCGUGGUUCUCGCUCUGCUUGUGCUCUUCUUCACCUACCGCAGGACCAAAGGCAAUGGGUCACAAGAGCCAACCACCUCCAUCAGUGACUUUUCAGAUGAGGCCACCCCAGAAAACGACACAGCUCUGAUUGUUACUGCUGCCCAGAAGAGAUCAGACAACCCUCCACCCCAGGAGCUGAGCAAGACCACCCCCUGCCAGCCAGCCCCCCCCUCAGAACAGCCUUCCCAGCAGCCCACGGAUCCCACCACUGUAGGCAGUUCCCUCUGCUCUGGGGUUCCUGUUGACGACUGAGGGUAAAGCAGGGGAACCAGCAGCUUUUGGACACCUUAAAGGAGCACAAGGCCACUCCAGAGGGACAAACUGUCCCAACACACCUGGUCAGGAGCCAGAUGGAUGCUAGAGGAUGUGAGCAUCACACACCACCUUGGUCCAGCCGAAGGAUGCUCAAUGCAUGGCCACCUCCCUGCAAAAUGAGGACCUGUGUGGGAUGUGUACAUUUACUGUACCUAAGGAUAGGGCUUGGGGGGAGGUCACAAUGGAACCAAUAAAGCAGCCUUUUGCCCUAGAAA